CUUACCAAAAUUCCUUAAAACUUAAGAUCCUCGGUUUUGGACUUCUGGGUUCUAUUUUACUCUCUCUCUCUCUCUCUCUCUCCUCCCAAGUACAAAUAUUCGAAAUCCGGCAAAAUCAAUUUUAUUUUCUAUCUCUUCAAACUCGAAUUCCGGCUAAUCGUAUCUCCUCCCGGAAUCUCCUAAACACCAAAAUCCAGUUGUAGUUGUAGUGUUGUAUCUGUAUCUCUAGCCGGCCGCGCUUCUGUCAUCCACCUCACCUUCUCUGCUGCCGCUGUAUCUGUAUCUCGGACCAAGAAACCCUGAAAAUGUUUCCCUCUCGUGCUCAUCAAUUACCAAAUAGUUAUGCACCUCUUCUGGGUACAUAUCGUGGUGGAGAUCCCUAUUAUAGCCCCGCUAGGCCCGGCCCUACUUCAAGUCCAAUGGGGUUCAGGAUCCCAUAUCCUUUGCACCAAGGCCCUCCUUCAAGUCCAAUGGGGAUUACGAGCCCAUAUCCUGUGCACCAAGGUGGUCCAAACCUCAGUACUCCACCUGGCAGGGGUCAAUGGUUUAACAAUAAUCCUAUUCCUGCUCCUCUUGUGUAUCAAGGUAGCCCUAACUUUAGAUGUCCUCCACAAGGAAUGAGUCACUGGUCCUAUAAUAGUCCCAGCUCGGGCCUAGGACGUGGCGGUGGUCCUACUAUUGUAGGAAAGGGGAGGAACCCUAGUUCAGGAUGCUCUGGUGGAAGAGGAAGGAGAGGAAGGAGAGGAAGCUAUGAUUAUGGUCAAGCACGAUCUUUCUACAACAAGUCCAUGGUAGAGAACCCUUGGGAAUCCUUGACCCCUGUUAUUUGGCAUGGUGAGAAGGAGAAUGAUGUGAAGAGUUUUGCAAAGAACCGAUAUUUUCAGAAAACUCCUGCCUUUCAAAAAACUCCUAGUGCAAAACGAGCCCGGGUUUCAAAUCCUUAUGACCCGUCUAACUCAAAGAAAAAUGGCAGCCUUGCUGAGUACUUGGCUGAAUCUUUUGAUGAAGCUGUUGAAGAUGCAGCCACUAUACUAAUCUGUCAAAAGCUGGGUUUUGAUUUCUGCCUUCCCUGAAUUGAUGAUUGGAAUUGCUGAAGUCUUCGUGCUAGCAGGGGGCUUUGAGUUCCGUCAGAAGAGGACGGUUUCCUUCCCCCAACCGUAGUUCGUCUCCAAGGGACUGGUUCAGUGUUGCUGCUGCAGCGUGAAUGUCUUGUUCAACAACCAAGCUUCCAAGAGAAGGGAUUACUAGCUUUUCCUUUGCUUAUUAUGAGUUGUAAGGGCUCUACGAGUUCGUUUCAGUCGUUUGUAGUAUGUGUGGGUUAUAAACGGCCCUAACAUUUUAUGUUGUUUUACUUUGUCAGCGUUGUACUCUAAAUUACACGAGUCAUCUAUUAUGCACUUAUCACUUAUUUUGGUUAUGACAUGAUUAAAUUACACAGUAAAGUGAUAAAGGUAGCAACUUGCGAUAAAUAGUAGUGUCGCACGUAUGAAGUAUCAUGUUGACAUGUCACGUAUUUAAAUGGAAAAGUAGUGAUUUUUAACAUA